AUUAUUUACGGCCAAAUAUUUUUAUUAUUGAAUUCAGUCAAACAAUCUUGGUUACACCAAAAUCUUGCAAUUUCUUAUAACAGAUUAUGUCUUGUAAAUUUAAUGUCAUUGUUAACGCCACAAUGAAAAAUUUAAACAGCACCGCAAAAGAACAAAAUAACUAAAUCACGUGAAUUGUCACGUGACAAAGCGUGGUGACUACAUAUUGCUGCAAUGGAAUGGAUUAUUAGGAUUUUCCUUGUGAUUGCAUCAGGUUUGUGUUUGAAUAGACUCAGUGCUGUUUACGUAUUUCCUGGGAAUCCAUAUGGUGCAGGUCGGUUUGACAUUGUCGAAACGUUGGUUAGAAAGGACGUCGAGCAUGCUCCACCAUUUGCAGCCAUGGUAUAUUCUCCUCGACAGAGUGGAGUCUACGCCGCCGUGUUAUUUGCUGGUGGUCUGUACUCGUACAUGCCAAUAGCUGCGUAUGGUGAUAUACUGUCAUCAAUUGCAUCUCAUGGAUUUGUUGUGGUCGGAGUCGAGUUGUUGCAGUUUCCCAAUGAGUCUGUGCCAUUAUUGCAACGAUCGAGAAAACCAAUUUCAAACAUGGAGGAUCCACAAAAGUUUUUUCAAGAACUUGACUGGAUGAAAGAAAACUUGAAUGGGAAAUACUUAUCUCAAUACAACGUGACAGUGGACUGGGACCAAGUAGGAUUCUCAUGCCAUUCAGAUGGAUGUGAUUAUGGAAUCAGAAUGGUUCUAGCAAACUCAUCAAGAGCCAAUUUUAAGGGUGCUGUUUUCUAUAGUCCGUUUAGCUUUCACAUUUUGCAGAUUCGAAAUGGCACCAAGUGGCCUUCUUUAAGCUUUGGCACGCAGCUUGGCGAAGAGUGGCCACCGUGUUGUUCGCCGCCUUUUGACUUUCGGGGAAUAUAUGAUCGUCUUGCUUGUCCACGGAUACUCGCAAACGUUACGGGGUUUGGUCACUGUGAUCUUCUGAACGACAAGUUUUGGACACUAUGCAAUACAAUUCACUUGUGUAAAACGGAUCCUCGCAAUGACAGAGUGGCCUACAAGAAGUUUACCCAGGGUAUAGGAACAGCCCUGUUUAUUGCGACUCUUCAAGGUGAGACAUCAUGUCUGGCCUAUGCAACCAACAAGACCCUCAUUCCAUUGCCCCUUGGAGAUCUGGAUUCUGACGUCAGCUGUCUACAUUGAGGUAUGUGCUUCAUCCAGUAUAUGACAUACUGCAGAUUGGUGGCUUGUCUAAGAAAAAUAUUUUUGAUAUUGUGUUCAACUGUAUACAUCUACAUAUUUUUGCACUUCGCAUAAUUGUUGCUAUACAAGCUGACAAGACUUAAUGUUAUGUGUUACAUCAUAAUGCACUUCUAUUUUUAGUUAAUUGAUUGAUUAUUAUUACACAACCAAGAUAGACAUAAAAUUUAUAAAAAGAUAUGGUCG